AUGUUCCCCCUCUUUGAUGCAAUGUGCGGUGAAGGAUUGUCAAAUGAAAUACAGGUGCAAAGCAGUUGCAGUAUUGAAAUAGAGUCUUUAUUGCAUCUACGCUACACAGUCAUCAGGCUAAUCUCGAAUGUGCAAAGUAAUACUUUUUGCCCAAGACCUUCCACAGGCAAAGGACCAGAGCCAAUUUAUGCUGGACAAAAACUCAAUGACAAUGACUGGCACAUACGUUGUUGGACUUACCUGUUUCUAUUCGAUGCUAUCAUUGGAAUUGCUAUGAAGUCUUUAGCUUUUAUUUCACUGCUAACUGCAGUGACAUGUCUGCCAAUCCAACUGAAAGAGAAACGUCAGAAAAUGAAUAAACUGCUGUUGAUUUCUUUUGAUGGAUUUCGUUGGGAUUAUGAUCAGGAUGUAGAGACACAUUUGGACUAUUUAACAAUAAAGGGAGUGAAGGCAAAAUACAUUAACCCACCAUUUGUAACGAUGACAUCGCCUUCCCAUUUCACAACAGGACGAUGGAUUCAAGAUCAUGGAGUUGUCCACAACAUGUAUUUCAAUACUACGACCCUACUUAAACUACCACACAAACUCACAUUAUGCAAAUCAGAAUGGUGGGAUAAUGGAGUACUUCCUCUCUGGAUUACAGCUCAAAACCAGGGAAAAAAAGUUGCAUCAUUCCACUAUCCAGGUGGAAAUGUGACAUACGGCGGACAAGCAGUGUACAGAUCUCUAGGGGAAUCAUUUACUCACCCAAAUGCUAAUGAGACAGAAUGGAGGAUAAACAUCAAUAUUGUAAUGGAAUGGUUUGAAAAGGAAGACUUUGAUUUUUUAACUCUUUACUAUGGAGAGCCUGAUAAUGUUGGGCAUAAAAUGGGACCAGAAACACAGCAGAGACGUGAUAUCAUUCGACAGAUUGAUCGAACCAUUGGUUACCUAAUAAACAGUAUUGAGAAGCACAACCUGAAGGAUAAGCUAAAUGUUAUAAUAACUUCAGACCAUGGAAUGACGACAGUAAAGAAAGCCCCUAAAGUGAAUGAAAUCAGGCUGUCAAAAUUUAUCAAUUUUAAAAAUAUUAAGUUUCAGUUAUUAGACUAUGGAGGCUUUGGGAUGCUUUUACCAAAGGAAGGAAAGACAGAAGAAGUCUACCAGGCACUGAAGAAUGCCCAUCCUCAUUUAAAAGUCUGUAAAAAGGAAGAAUUUCCUGAAAGAUUUCAUUAUAGUAAAAAUGAUCGUAUUUUGCCAAUCCUUGUUUAUGGAGACAAAGGAUAUAAUGUAAAUGGGAGAAUCAUAAUUUACAUCAAUAAAGGAGAUCAUGGAUUUGACAAUGAAGAAAUGGACAUGAAGAUGAUUUUCCGAGCUUUUGGCCCUGAUUUUAAGAGUUCUUACCUGUCAGAGCCUUUUGGCAGUAUUCAUACAUAUCCUUUGAUGUGCAAGUUAUUAGGAGUCAAGCCUGAACCUAACGAUGGAUCGUUGCUGUUUACUGAAGGGAUGUUGAUAGAUUCAUCUGAAAAUGAAUUGGAUAAGCCAGGUAUUUGAGUAAUUCUUUCUGAAUACAUCUAUAAGUUUCUUUGACACUUA